UGUCAUGUUUUCUGUGUGGAUUAAUGCGCGCUUCAGUGCGUAGAGAGUUUGCCGCGGGAGCGCGCGCGCGCACUGCUGUGAGUUUGCUGGAUUGAACAUGUUUUUUGUUUAUUUGAUGAAGUUCUGCAGUCUCGUGAGACGCGUGGAAUCACCGUGACAGUGAGAUGACGCGACUUUUGCGCGCGGCCGUUUGGCGUCUUGUGCGUGUUUUUGUGGACGUGCGGCGUGAACGCGUCUGACGCCUCGCAAGAGGAUUGUCCGGAGAAUAAGAUGCUGACCGUGGAGUAUCCGUGUUUGAGAGCCGGAGGUCAGAGAAGCGUCUGUCUCAGGAGGAAGUGCUGUGAAGGCUUCAGGUUUGUGAUGGGUCAGUGUGUGCCAGAAAGUCUGGACGUGUGCGCCGGCUCUCCCUGUGAGCAGCAGUGCACGGAUAACUUUGGUCGAGUGUUGUGCACGUGUUACGAGGGUUACCGUUUCGACCGAGAGAGACAUCGCCAACACCAGCAUCCAUACUGCAUAGAUGUAGAUGAGUGUGAGGAGUCAAACAGCAGUGUGUGUGAACAUGUGUGUGAAAACACUCCUGGAAGUUUCCGCUGCAGCUGUAAUGCUGGAUUCACACUGACAGCAGAUCAGCGCUCCUGUGAACCCGUACACAACCUGAACUCCUCCGUCAAGUCUGACACUCAGAUGAGCUCUGGAUCCUGUUCUCUCAGCUGUCAGGACUUCAUGAACAUGAGGAGCAGUUUACUGCAGAUCAAACUGCUGCUGGGACACACACCUGCACAGGGAUCGUCUCCCAUUCUGGAAAACAACAGCCAUAAACCGGCUCAUGGGAGAACAGGGAAAAAUCCUGAUAUUCACACCGUCACUGGACCAGCAGGACCUCCAGGACCUCCUGGACUGCCAGGUGAGCGGGGUGAGAAGGGAGAGCAAGGGCCGUCGGGACCCCAGGGGCCCAGAGGAGACAUGGGUCCGAUGGGGCCUCAACCUGAUCUGGAGCACAUAAAGACGGGCAGACGGGGACCGGUGGGAGCUCCAGGAGCACCGGGUAAAGACGGACAGAAGGGUGACAGAGGGUUUCCUGGACCGAGAGGAUCUCCGGGGCCUCCAGGGUCGUUCGACUUCCUGUUACUGAUGAUGGCAGAUAUCCGUCAUGACAUCGUCGAGCUGCAGGAGCGCGUGUUUGGGAAGAGGCGUGGCCUUUCAGUGGACACGCCCAUUCUUUCCAGCGGAGAGGCGGAGCUUGAGGACUGGGCGUCAGGACAGGGAGAGCUGAUGCCGAACACGUGAGCGAAUCAGACUUCGACACUAAACCAGCUGAAGAACCUGAACAGGUGGAUGACUGAGAGUUUCACAUCAUCAGACACUUCAGAUAACGACAUUUUAAACAUCACUUUAAAUGACAUGCAUAAUGAACGCUUUACCUAAAAGACUAUAAGAUGAUGCUUGAAAGACUGAGAAGGAACUGAAAUUGUGUUGAAAAGGGAGUAGAGAUGUGAAUAACACACUACCAUACUCCUCUUUUUACAGUGCACAGUAUGUACACUCAUUUCUGUAUUACAGUCUACAUUUGCUCACUGUGUGAGAUUGUUUAUGCUCAACUUCACCUUCCAUUUCCUGUGUGACAAAUGAACUGAACUCUCUCUUGACUCAUUUUUUUGAUUAGACUUGCAAAAUUUCAGACUCAAAAACUCGAUUAAAAAUUCAAAUAUUGUUGCAUACUGCUUUGCAUGCUAUUUUUUUUAAACCGUACACUAGUACUCAAUUUGGAGCACAGCCAGAGCUGAUAUAAGUGAAAUACACAUGAGAAGAACUGAAAUGAAUUUAAAGUCAGCAUGAAACAGACGUUGAGCUCGUCUUUUCUUCUCUAUUGUGACACAUAUCUGAGUGAAACACUUCUCAAACAAGAAUAAAUGUAGGGCGGGGCUUGAU